UACAUGCAGGGGGCGGGGUCCACGGCGAGACAUCUACGCGGCUAGCAGUGGCGAAGGCGGCUACAGCGGCAGCAUGAAGCGGACCCCGACCGCCGAGGAACGCGAGCGCGAAGCUAAGAAACUGAGGCUUCUUGAGGAGCUUGAAGACACUUGGCUGCCUUAUCUGACCCCCAAAGAUGAUGAAUUCUAUCAACAGUGGCAGCUGAAGUAUCCUAAGCUAAUUCUGCGUGAAGCCGGCAGCGUACCUGAGGAGCUCCAUAAAGAGGUUGGCGAGGCCUUCCUCACACUGCACAAGCAUGGCUGCCUGUUUCGGGACCUGGUUAGGAUCCAAGGCAAAGAUUUGCUCACUCCAGUAUCUCGCAUCCUCAUUGGCAACCCAGGCUGCACCUACAAGUACCUGAACACCAGGCUCUUUACAAUGCCCUGGCCAGUGAAGGGUUCUAAUCCAAAAUACAACGAGGCUGACAUAGGUGCUGCUUGUCAGACCUUCCUCAAGCUCAAUGACUACCUGCAGGUAGAGACCAUCCAGGCUUUGGAAGAACUUGCUGCCAAAGACAGAUCUAAUAUCGAUGCUGUGCCAGUGUGUAUAGGUCCAGAUUUCCCCAGGGUUGGUAUGGGGUCAGCCUUUGACGGACAAGAUGAAAUGGACUUUAAGAACAGAGCAGCGUACAACGUAACUUUGUUGAAUUUCAUGGAUCCCCAGAAAAUGCCAUACCUGAAAGAGGAACCUUAUUUUGGCAUGGGGAAAAUGGCUGUGAGCUGGCAUCAUGACGAAAAUCUGGUGGAAAGGUCAGCGGUGGCAGUGUACAAUUAUAGCUGUGAAGGCCCUGAAGAGGAAAGUGAAGAAGAUCCUCAACUCGAAGGCAGAGACCCGGAUACUUGGCAUGUUGGUUUUAAGAUCUCGUGGGACAUAGAGACACCUGGCUUGGCAAUACCCCUUCACCAAGGAGACUGCUAUUUUAUGCUUGAUGAUCUCAAUGCCACCCACCAACACUGUGUUUUGGCUGGCUUUCCACCUCGGUUUAGUUCCACCCACCGAGUGGCAGAGUGCUCGACAGGAACCUUGGAUUAUAUCUUGCAGCGCUGCCAGUUGGCUCUGCAGAAUGUCCAUGACGAGGUGGGCAAUGGUGAUAUUUCUUUGAAAUCAUUGGAUCCUGCAGUUUUGAAACAAGGAGAAGAUAUCCACAAUGAGGUGGAGUUUGAGUGGCUGAGACAGUUUUGGUUUCAAGGCAACCGAUACAAAAAGUGCACUGACUGGUGGUGUCAACCCAUGACUCAACUGGAAGAGCUGUGGAAGAGGAUGGAGGGUGUGACAAAUGCUGUGCUUCAUGAAGUUAGAAGAGAGGGCAUCCCCAUGGAACAAAGGAAUGAAAUCUUGACUGCCAUCCUCGCCUUGCUUGCCACACGCCAGAACCUGCGGAGGGAAUGGCAUGCCAGAUGUAUAAAUGCAAGUUCACUGUGGCUUAAGGCUGAACCUGGCAGGAGGAUGAGUCGUGUGUUGGGCCUUACCCAGAGGCUACAUCUAGGGAAUGCCAAGAAGGUGCCAGUCACGAAUUGCCCGAACUUUACCUGUGGAUCAGAAGCCAGAAUGCCGGCCGUAUUGGGAAAAGGAUGAUCCUUCCAUGCCUCUGCCAUUCGAUCUCACAGACACUGUUUCUGAUCUCAAAGGUCUGCUUCUGGAAGCAAAACCCUAGAAGGCGUGCAAGUCCCAGGUGGAGGAGGAAAAGAUAUUUUUGGCUUCCUCCCUCUCACCCUUGUCGUGGGCUUGGACAAAGGCGAUGUAGGUAGACUUGGCCUUUAGAUUAUGGAACCUGGGUCCCAGUUGAAAACAGCUAAGGAAUGGAACCCAUGAAUAUUAAAAUGUUUAAAAUGA